CAGAAGCGCCGGGCUUAGUUUCCGUCUCUUUCCAGAGAUCGGGGGAACUGCGGGGGUCUUCUCUGCAGCAAGGGGGAGGGGGUGGUAGGGGCAGAAGCGAGGAAGGCCCAAGUCAUCUCUGGCCGCGCCCCCUCCCUGCCCGCCCUUAUAGAAGGGGAUAGUUGGUCUCACUGUCAAGAGGCUUGGACUGGGAGGGAGACCAGAUUCCCCCCCACUCCGCGCUCCCGCAUUGACCGAAGCCAAAGAAGAACCAUGCAGUGAGCAAAGUUGAAGUCUGAGCCGAAACUAGGCAUCUUUUCUUUUCCCACUCCCCUCUCCUUUUAAACCGGCAUCCGAUCCAAGAGCGCACCUAAGGCUUGCCAAGUCCAGAGGGGCUGUGUCUUGGUGGUAGAGCAUCUGCUUUGAUGCAGAGGGUCCCAUGUUCAGUCCUCAGCACCUCCAAUUUCAAAGGAUCAGCCAAGAGGCCUUAUGCAGACAGCGUGUCGCACACGGGCCAGUGCACCGUGGUGACCACUAAAGCGUUGAAGAUGAAAAGGUGCUUCGAAGGCAUUGGGCUGCAGUGCCUUCUCAAGAAUGGGAACGUGGUGGCCACACAGCCCCCCAAAUACCUCCUCAUCUUUGAUUUUGAUGAGACGAUCAUCAAUGAGAACAGUGAUGACUCUGUCCUCUGGGCCCUUCCUGGGAAGCAGCUUCCAGAGUCGAUCCGUCAAACCUACCGUGAGGGUUUCUACAAUGAGUACAUGCAGAGAGUUUUGAAGUACAUGGGAGACCAAGGUGUGAAGAUGGCAGACUUCAAAGCUGUCUAUGAAAACAUCCCCCUCUCUCCUGGCAUGAGCGGCCUCUUCCAGUUCCUUUCCAAACAGCAGGACCACUUCGAGAUCAUUCUCAUGUCAGAUGCCAACAUGUUUGGGAUUGAAUGUGCCUUGAAGGCUGCUGGCACAUACUCCCUCUUCCGGAAAAUCUUCAGCAACCCGUCCGGCUUUGACAAGAGGGGAUACUUCACAUUGGGCCCCUAUCACUCGCACAACUGCCCGAGAUGCCCAGCUAAUAUGUGCAAGCGCAAGAUCCUGACAGAAUACCUGGCUGACAGGGCUCAAGAGGGAGCCAGGUUUGAGAGGGUCUUCUACGUUGGUGACGGAGCCAAUGACUUCUGUCCGUCGUUGGCUAUGAAGUUCACUGAUGUGGCGUUCCCAAGAAAAGGCUACCCAAUGCACCAACUGAUCCUGGAGAUGGAGAAGAGCCAGCCUGGAAAAUACCAGGCUGCUGUAGUCCCUUGGGACUCAGCUGUAGAAGUUUGUAGCUAUCUCCAAGAAAUCCUUAAGAAGAAAUGUUGAGGGAAGAGGAGGUGGAAGAAGCAAGCAAGCGGCUCUGAGCUCCCAUACAAGCAGCAUACCUCUCUUGUGCGUGGUGUCAACUCUGGGUGCCCCCCCCGCCCCCGCUCUUGUCACUCAAAGCCUCCAUCUCUGGAUCUUCCCUUCCUUUGGUCUUGGGAUGAGGGUUCUCUAUGCAGUUAGGAAAUCCAUUCAAAGAAGGGUGGGUGGAUGAUUGGCCAUUUAGCUUUGUAUUCGUCUUUUGAAAACUUUUGCUUCCGAGUUCCCCAAACCAACUAGCCCAUUCUCUCUCAAACACAUUCUCAGAUGGAUUUGGGAUGUGGGGAAUAUUUCAGUUGCCACCAAAGCACUUAAGCUGGGCAGGUGUUUAAAUUAGUAACUUUUAUCCCUCCCUCCCCUUGCAUUUGCAGGCCUGGCUCCAACCAACAGGAGAACAGAAUCUUUUGUUUCUGCUCUGAAUAGGAGAAGGGCUUGAACCUCUGGAAUAGAAAGAUGGUCCACUGUAGCACACGCUGCUUGGGGCUGGAGCCGUUCAGCUGUUCAGUCUGAAUACUCCUUGGCAACCUUCCUCAGCCUUGUUGAGAUGAAAAACUACCAAAGCUGAGCAUAUUGGAAGGGAAAGCACUUUUGCUGAAGUUGUUGGUGGGUGGGAAAUGCUCCCUUCCUUCUACAAUUUUGCAGACUCAUGUUGCUGCUGCUCCGAACAAAACCUGGGUCAAAUACUUGGGAGGGUGCAAUUAAUAUGAGAAGGUCCAUAGGCAAGAAGGGUGCUCUCUGAGAAAGGGGUGGCUGAGAAGAAGCCGGUUGAAGAAGGAGCCCACUUAGAAUUAGACUGCGGGGGAACCCCAAGCAGUGAAGCCACCCCACUUCUUUUGGAAUGUGUCCAGAUUAGAACUCUAGCUGCACGUCCUUCCUUUCCUGGUCCUGAUCUUUGCACAUUUCCCACAUGUUUGCACUUCUGGCCAUUGCAGACUUUUUGUCUGGUGAAGUGUGUGUGCCCCCAUGCCUUCCCCCAGUAAAUUAGAGGCGGGAGCAUGGUAAGGAGGGGCAUCAGCCUCAAGCAGAAAUGUGUAAUUUGGUCUAUCUGCAAGAUGCAAAUUGCAGCCUUGAUUUGCCUAGGGGCCUGGUACAGGGGGUGGGCAGAUUUAAUCCUUCAACUCCCACUCCCGUGUUGUUUGAAACUGGCUCCCCCUGCCCUGCUAUUAGAAUUUUAAAAGAGAAAGGAUGUUUCUCCUUUAAAUUGCCAAUAGCCGAGCAGGGAGGUUUCAGCCAAGUGUAGUUUAAAGGGUGAAAGAAAUAUGAUUUCUCAAUACACACAUGUGCCAAUCUGUACCAGUGGGGAGUGGAUCUCACAAUACGCUAAGAUCUACUUGUUCAGUUAUUAGUUGACCCUGGUCCACCGCCACCCCUUGACAGUAAAAUAAACUGGUAGAAUGCAGUGGGGGGAGAGUGGCAAAAUGGGCUGUACUGUUUCCAUACCCUAGGAGGGGACUCCCUCCCCCUUUCUAAAGCACAUUUGCAUGAUGUGCUAGUUUUUCCAUUUCAUGGGAAUGAUGAAUGUAAGCCCUUUUUGUGCAACAUAAUCCUUCCCUUUUAGGCUGAAGUGGUACAGCCCCUUUUACCACUAGAGCACUUGGUCACCUCAUGGCCACCUAAUUUUGCUGCAUUUGCAGACCAGGCCUUGCACAUGGUGCUCAAAGAAAUGACUAUGGGUAAUCCGUAGUGCCUGCCAAAGUUGUCUCUCCUGCUGCCAAGUUCACAUUUUUGCCGUCUCCACCUUCUUCCCAUCUGAGUGUGUUUGCCUACAGACUGGUUGCUCUUUCUAUAGUUGCAUAAUCAGGCCUGGCAUCUGCUUUGGUCCUCUUGCAGGAGACAUGACCAGCCUUGCCUUUACCCACUCUGUCCUCUGCUUCCUUUUCAAUGUCUCCUUGAUUGUUCUAGUUCCUCUCUCCUUUGGUUUGUCCAGUCCUGUUGGAACUUAAGCCAUGGAAACUUCUUUUGUAAGCAAAAAAACUCAGAACAAAAUCUAUAUAUCUAGCAAAUAA